AUGGAGGAAGAGAAGGCCGUUGCCUACUACGACGAGCUCACUCGGAAGGGCGGCGGUGCCGCGAGGUUCAAGCAGGGCCUUGGAUUCUCCUCGUCCUCCUCUGCGGGGGAUACCAAACCACUGCCCCAUAGCCCCGCCCCCGCCGCAUCAUUGUUCGGCAACUUCAUUCGCGCCUCGAGUCCCGGUGUAGCCGCCGAGAUCCAGAAACAGGCGCGGCUCGAGUGCAUCCAGAACAAGCUCAAGAAGAAGCCGGCGGCCCCGCAGCCCUCUUCUUUCGGUGGUGACAACGACGCGGCGAGGAGUCAUCGGACAAGAGGCCGGACCGGUAGGAGUAGAAGUAGGAGUAGGAGCAGAGAGAGGGACGGAUCCUCAACGGGUCGUCACUCACAUGGAAGGAGAAGGGUUGAGGAUGAUGAAGGAAGUUAUAGGCCUCGGCGCCGGAGAAGCCGUUCCCGAAGCGGUUCUGAGGAAAGGGGAAGUAGCCAGCGAAGCAGACGUGGGUACGAACGCGUGGAUGCUUCUUCUAAGAGAGCCAAGGGGAGGGGGAGCCCACCGCCAUUGGCCAUCUCUUCUCGAUGGUCGGAUAGGAGUCACAGGUACUCGCACGGUGAGAGGAAGGAUAGGCCUGAGCCUGAUGACAGCUCGAAGAACAGGAAUGCAAGAACUUAUUAUUCUCAACUCAUUGAUGAUUACUCUCAGAUGGUUGGUCCUUUUUUUAUGAAUUAAUGUGCAAAUCCCUGCUGUUGUUUGAAUGAAAUGUAUCAUCCCAUUAUUGAUGAUCACCGAUUAAACAUUUUUUCUUGAUCUUCUUGAAACCACGUUGGAAUGUGCAUUCUUAUUAGGAAAUGGGAAAUUAUUGAAAUAAUACCAUUGAAAUAAUCGUAUAGUGCGUCAUGCAGAAAUCAUAUCAUAAACUCAAAACGUAUUUGCCCCUCAUGUACUGCCAACUUGACAAAAAUACUGGCAGCCGGCGACUGGGAAUAAGAAACUACGCAUAUGAUACCUAAAUUAUUCCUCUCUUUAUUAUGGUUGAUCGGUUGACUAUGACUGGAGGUUAUCUACAGUGUAUGCAGUAUAUAUCAAGCCAGUUUACUGACUUAUAAAUAGCUGAGAUAGCUCUCCAGGAUUGGCAUCUUCAUCAUUUGACAGAGCUGGUCAAAUGAUGUUAAUUUAAGUCUAAUGGAUACAUUGUGGUUAAAGUUGACUAGAGGCAUCCCACUUCAACAUACGGACAAGACACUAUUCUGCAAUUCGAACAUGAUUAGAAUUUUCCUGUUAUGAAGUUUUUCAAUCUAAAUUACUCAAGCUGGUUUCCCGAUCGUCAACCAUGCCUGAACCUGGACGUCAUCCUGUUUGAAACAGCCCUGUGAAGUGCAACUUAGACAUAGCAGUUCACAGAAAGAGUUAUGGUUUGGUCAGUUCCAGUUUCAUAUAGAAAAGGAUAGGACAUCCUGGAAGAUUCGGACCAAAAAAAAAAAGUGUUCAAUUAAUCUGUCUUUUAUUAAAUAUUUAUAAUUUUUAUUUUCCCUUCCCCCUAAAAACAUAUUUUCGCUUCCUCGUCUCAUAAGGAUGGCGAAAUUAUAAAUUAUCAACUUUAUUCAUCCCCAUAGAUCAAGUAUUGUUUUAACACUAGUUCUGUCUUAGAAAAACUUUCCUGAAAGAAUGGAAAAAUCAAUGCGCCCAUUUUUCUAAUCAAUUUCCAAGGUUUUUUUUACAUUUUACCUAUAUUUAUUUGAUUGAUCUGGAAUCAUCCUUUCUUGACCGGCUAAUGAGAUUGACUGCAUGAGAACUAGGUUUGUGAUUUGCGAUUCAGUCACCUGAUCCAAUUUGACAUUCAAUGGGCUUGUGAUGCUUGUCUGUGUGUGGUAGACUGCCCUGAUGAUAUUCACCUUGAAUUCUUGAAUUCCUUUUUUUAUUGAUGCCUCACUGAAUUGUGUGUAAUACGAAGUUGAAUCCCUUAUAUAUAGUUUUUUGUGAUACUAAAGUUAGCAUAUCUAUUACUGGUUCUUUUACACAUUUUAUCUAUCUGAAAAAAGCACUCCCCCACUGGUUUUGAUGAAAUUCGGAUGAUGUGAAAUUGACCAUUAAUGAUUUUAAUGAACAUAUUAUGUACUCGAACACCUUUGAAAAUUCUUUCUUCCGUCCCAGAUUUAUCACAAUUGCCUAAAUCCUCAGAUAGGAAAAAGGAGACUUGCCAGAAAAUUAUAUCCCCCAAAAAGAAAAAUUAAAAUGAUUGUUGUGAAGGAUUGUACUAAGCAAAAUUAAAAGCUUUGGAGAAUCUCAAGAUGUCUAAAUGCCUCACAAUGUUGAGAUGUACACGUAUUCCUGCUCCUCCAGACGCCUCUACAUGGCUGGAUGAGAAUGCAGGCCAUUAUCUGUUUAAUCAUCCUUCGCCUAUUCUCCUCAGAAUCAGUUUUUCAUGGAUAAGGUAUUAAAUUGUUGUCUCUCCUCCUCAACCCAUGCAUGCCCCAGAGUGUUCACCUUGCAUAACAUUUGAAACUUGGAAACAAUGAACUCAAGGCCAGAUGAGGCGAAUUCCAUGUAUGGCUCAUGAAUGUAGUCUAUCCUACAUUUGUUUCUAGUUGGUGGGAAUUAAACCUACUGCCUUACCUUGAGUCUCCCAUUUGUCAACUCCCCUAACUGAUCCUUGCAAUGCUAAACAUGAAUAGCACUCAGAGUACUACUUUAUGAAGAAAUGCUUCCUAACACUUCUGGAUUUUAUAGUGAAGGAUUACCAAGUGCUCUCUCAUCUCAAUGCAAAACUCAAGUUAAGCCCUUCUUGGUAGCUUACCUUUAGCUUUAAUCUCAAUCUAUCUACUGUUUGAAUACAUUCUUUAACGUACCUGAAGCUACUAAACUCUCUUACCUGAAGCUGAAUGAAUACACUCUGUUGUGUGUAGUUCAUAACAUCAUGUCCGCCCUAAUGGUAGACCCCUACACAUUUUUUUUCAAGUCAUCUUUGUCUAUCGCGUCACAUCUGAAUUUCUGGAACUUUGCUAUCUUAAUAAUCUUAAUUAAGCAUAAUUAAUGAUCAUAACUACUAUCGUUUGCCAAAAUUCCAUGAAAAUGAAGGUAACUUUUUGAAAAGUACCCCGCUAGUGCCUUGAACAAAUCUUGUUCAUGUCCUUCUGGAGAUUCACAAAGCACGAGUUGCUUUGAUUUUAAUACCAUGUUUUAUUGUGCAUAUUUCAGAACCGAUGCAAUGUAUGAACUUCCAUCUGCCAUUUCCAUUAUAGUCCUUGUGAUAUGUUGAAUUUCCUCUAGUUCAUUUGUUUCUUGAAGAACAAUAGAUCUUCUCGUGGAAGAAAAAAGGGCUUUUAUUCACCACAUAUGAGGAAAAAGAAUUCAAGAAGACUCUUUACAUUGAGACAGGGGUCUGUUAUUUAUAACAGAUCCAUGGGAGAAGGUUCUAGACAUAGAGCCUUACACCCCAAGACAUACAGGUGAUGUUCACAUGCUUCUUUAAGUGAAGCACGUGAUACACCUCACCCAACUGCUAAUGCAGUAUUUACAUUAUAUUUCAACAUAAUAUCUAAUGGUUAAAACCCACCUGUGAUAGAUGAUCCUUGUGAUAGAUGAUCCCUCAGCCAUUUCCAUUAUAGUCCUUGUGAUAGAUGAUCCCUCAGCCUACAACCCAGCUGACCUGCUUAAAAUCUGUCUAAUGGUUUCACAGCUCUAUGGCAAAAAUAAAUAUCUAAAAAACUGUUGAAAAAUUAUGUUUGUUAUUCCCUACAGUCAACUUCAUCAAUCUAGGAUUCAAUUUUUGUGAUUUUAAUCAAAUUUAUACUCAAGAAGAUUAUUAGCCUAUAUGCAUGUAUACAUACUUGCAUUCAUAUAUGCACACAAAAACUGAACGACUAAACCAAUCUUAAGCAUCUCAAAUAAACGAUGAUUAUUCCUAAAUAACUUGGCCCUUUCAUAAGCCUCGGUUAUAUGAUAUUCCAUAUCUGUAGAAUAUCACCUCACUCCUAAAAAUGAAUGGAUGGUGUGCAUGACAAGAAAAAGGCCAUUAAAGAGCAUUGCAGUUUGAGUUUUUCUUUUGAAAUCUAUAACAACUGGAUAUUAUUGUGUAGAAGCAAAAUAAGUUUAAGAUUUUGUUUAUGAAAAGAUGAUGAAGAAAUAUCUUCUAUAAUUCCUUGACUGGAAAUUAGGGAAAAAACUAACCAUCAUUGACAUUUGAGGGAGAUGGGGUUUGGGGGAGGGGGGGGAGGGGGGUUUGGUUCAUAUUCGGAUGGAUUCUGCAUUUAUCAUGGUACUCUUUUUGGUUUUUUCGUUUGCUUCGUCAGGCAUGUUUAAGAACAUUGAAAUGACUUAGGAUGCAUUUGGCUCGCCAAAUUCAAUCAUGGUGGUUGCAGGCUAGAUUUUUUUCCUCCAUCACUGCCUGUGAACACCAUGCUACACAAUUUUUGGAUGACCUUCUCUCCCUUUCUUUCUUAACAGACACCAGCUGAGAGAGUUAAAGCGAAAAUGAAGCUUCAGCUUUCACAAACUGGUACAGAAAUGUAUCUAUGGUCUUACUGUUUCUUCUGCUCUUCAUCGAGCUUCUUCUAAAGUCUCAGCAUUGUUAUCGUCAUGUCUUCUAUCACUGCUUUUUCUUGUUUCACUGGUGAAACUGUUGCAACCUGAAAAUUCGGCAGAGUUUAAACAAUCCUUCGCAGGAGAUCGCAACAAUUCAGUUACUUUUCUGUGAAACCUAUCAUCAAAUUUUCUUGACUUCAUAUACUGGGGAGCUAAGUUCCUGCCUCCAAAAAUCUUUUACAUUUCCCCCUGGAAAAGUUCCGUCUUAUUUUUCCUCGUGCGUACAGAAAGAUGUCUUUGUCCGAUUUCCUUGCUCGAAUGCUUCAAACUAUCAUCAUUUUUUCAAGAUGAUCCAGUCAUCUGAUUUAUGGUAAAAAUUCUAAGAAACCUGCAUUUCACCUCCGUCUGAUUGUUGGCGUAAGGAUAAAAACUCUCCCUCCCUUGCAUCUAUUCUCCUUAUAAUACUCUUUCCCUUAUGUAGACGCCGUUUGAAGUGGAUAUUCAUAUUAAUAGCCGAACAGUACCAUAAACCACAAAUAAUUCUUGGGAAGAUUAAUGAAAUAGGCUCUGCUGAAGAAUUCAAAUGAAAGCAAGAAACCCCAGUAAAUUUUUGUGAUCAAGACUUUACAUUGAUAAUGAAAAACAUUUUGGACAAAUUUCGUGAAACUUUAUGGAAACUUCUCCUUAACAGUACUCGCGUCCAUUAGUAGGGAUUCUAGAGUAUGAAGAGAAAAACCGAAAAAGAAUUGAUGUACUCAGACAUUAAAGAAAAAUAAAAAAAUCAGGCAUUUUGAAUAGAGAUCUGGACAACUAUCGAGUUCAUGUUGCAUGAAUCAAUUCGUUGGAGCUCAGAGGAUGAUUUAUCAAUGUACUAAUAAUUUUCUUUGAUUAUUUUGUGCAGCUGCAAAGGACAUGGCUAAUGGCGUCACUACAGGAUGGGAACGCUUUGAUUUUGACAAGGAAGCUCCACUUGAUGACGAAGAGAUAGAAGGUCAAACCCAUCGUACGUAGUACAUUUUCCUAUCUUCUGGCCGAAGUUUUCUUCUAUUUAUCAACCAUUUUUCAUCGAAAAAAUGUGAAAUAAUUAUAUUUCAAGCUACAAAAUAUCACCAACGAGUGGUGACAGUGUGGUGGUAUGGUAUUUCUGUCCUCAUCUUAUAUAUUCUUGAGUCCCAAGUCACAUUCCCCAAAGUUUUUUGACAUACUCCGUACAUAAUAGGACUAGUUGAUCUUACUAUCCUGUUAAAUUCAGUGGCAGAAGAUGACGAAUCACUGGUCAAGGAUAUAGGCCGAAGCUUCAGGCUCACUGCAGUGGAGGUAUAUAUAUAUAUGCUGGAAAUAUCAGCUCGUCUUUCAGCAACAUGAGCAAUCUGUGCUCCAUUCCUGGCAUUAGAACAUCUCACACCAUUCAAAAUUCAACAGUCAAGACGUGAGGAAGAGGUCAAAGCUGCACAUGAUCAGGCCAUGUUUGGAACAUCAUCAGUUCUGCUGGAAAUUCCGGAAAAGGAGGAAAGCACGGUGGUGGUGACUGAGGAGAAAGAGGAGAGAACUCAAGUCAAUGACGAAUCACUCAUAAGCGAAAAGGUACUGAUUUCCAAACAUCUUAGGCAUCUCUUGGCUCAAAUAUCUGACUGUAUGGAUGGAAGAGAUAGAGGUCUCCCCCCGUCACCCCUCCCUCCCAUCAAUGUUGACCCAGCCAUUUUUGCAGGCCCUUGCCACUCAAGGUUCCUGGCGAGAUAGGAUCCGUAGAUCUCAGCACAGCACAGGAAGCUGA